CUAGGUGGGGGAGGUACAGCCGCCUCCAGGCACCUGCAGCGGGUCCAGGCCUGCUAAGGAAACAGGCGGGCGGUGGGCGGAGCCGGGCGGGGCCCCCGGAGCCCGUAAAAGCCGUGCGGGAUGGAGCUGUGGCACUGACAUCUGCGGCUAUGGAGCGUCCUCACUUCCCGCUGGCGAUGGGCCUGGCCCUGCUCGCAUUCUGCCUCCUGACUCUGUCCCCGGAAGCCGGUGCAGAGCUGCGGAGCCGGAGCCGAAUGACCGGAGAACGCCAGAACCUGUCUCCCAACGACCCGCGGGCGCAGAAGGCCGCGCAGGCAGCUGUGAGCAGCUACAAUAUGGGCAGCAACAGCCUCUACUACUUCCGAGACACCAAAAUCGUCGGUGCAUCCUAUCAGCUGGUGACUGGCGUCAAGUUCUACCUGACUAUGGACUUAGAGAGCACAGAGUGCAGAAAGACCAGAGUCUCUGGAGACCACAUGGACCUCACCACUUGCCCCCUGGCCACAGGGGUGCAGCAGGAGAGGCUGCGUUGUGACUUUGAGCUCCUUGAAGUCCCCUGGAAGAACACUACUCAGCUUCUAAAGCAUGACUGUAAGCAGGUGUAACCAGCCCCAGGGUGACCGCGACGAGACCCCAUGGGAACAAGCAUGGGCGUGGAGGCACCUCUGGGCCACGGGCCACAUCUGCUGCAAUAAAUUCUUAGCGCUGCUUCUUGCA